UGCAGCCUGGAGAGCAGCGGGAGCAGCGGCACCCGGGACGCGGAGCCCAGCGACCCCCCGACGCCCCAGCCCGCCCCCGGCGACCUGGGGACGGCCGGGGGGAUGCUGCUGGACCUGGCCGUCAAGCGCCCCGUGGUCAGGUCGAAAAUCAAGUUCACCACCGGCACCUGUAAUGAUGCUACGGUGCAUAGCUGCGAGCUGUGCGGCAAAGGCUUUCGCUUGCAGCGGAUGCUCAACCGUCACAUCAAGUGUCACAGCCAGGUGAAGAGACACUUGUGCACCUUCUGCGGAAAAGGCUUCAACGACACCUUUGAUCUGAAAAGACAUGUCCGGACCCAUACCGGAAUUCGCCCUUACAAAUGUGAGGUUUGCAACAAAGCCUUCACCCAGCGCUGCUCCCUGGAGUCCCACCUUAAGAAGAUUCACGGCGUGCAGCAGCAGUACGCCUACAAACAGAGGCGAGAUAAACUUUACGUGUGCGAAGACUGCGGCUACACGGGCCCCACGCAGGAGGACCUGUACCUACACGUUAGCGACGUUCACCCCGGAAGCGCUUUCCUGAAAAAAACCUCAAAAAAACUCGCAGCGGUUUUGCAAAACAAACUGAGCCCUGUCCUGCAGAGGAACUCCAAAGAUGACGACAAAGAUGAGUAACGCGGUGGAUUACAGCGGUCGAAAGGAAUGAAGUUUACAUGUAGGACUAUAUAUAUAUUAUUUUUUUAAAAACAAUUUUGAAAGAAAUCCCUG